ACGGUCCGUGUGAGCCCCUCCAGGUUUUGUCUCCGACCCAGCUGGAACUGCGAAGUCCUUCCGUGUUUUGCCCCUACAUGGUCAGCGAAGGUGCGCUACACGGCGGAGCAAGCAGGUGCUGCGAUUAUGCGCAGACACAAAAGCUGCCUUGCUCAUGGUGUUACGGUGUGAGGUCCGUCCCGGUGCGCCGCGCUCGCUCCGCCGGCAGACUCUGAGCUGACUGCGGCUCUGCCGAACACGGCUCCUCAGCGAGAGAGAGCGGACUGCCCCGCUGUCCAAGAUGGACAGCUUCUUCAGGGCUGCUGUUUGUGAUCUAGACAAACUGCUUGAUGACUUUGAACUCAACGCCGAUGAACUUGACUGCAAGUCUGUUACACUUAAGCCUUCUGUAUACCCCUUGUCAGAAGCUUCCACAAUCCCAACAAACCUCCCUGACCUGAACUCAGUUCAUUACAGCUCUGCCACCAGCUGCCCUGGCCACCCCACCAGCCAUAACCACAUCUCUGUGGACAGUGAGGUCAGAGGCCAACCUCUCACAGGAGUUGACCUUCUUUCCUCUGUGGAUUGUGGGUCAGCAAAAAUCGUUGUACCUCCUUGCCCAGACCGAGCUCUAAAACCAGUGCGUGACCUUGUCAGUGAUACAAGCUCUGCAGUCCUAUUCAGGGCUGAUAGCAAUGAUGUAUUCAGGGAGCUGGACAUGGUGGAGAAACAAAUGGAGGAAAUGGGGGCGCCGCUGGUGGAUGUUAACACCUUUGUGGGGAAUUUGUUUGGGGAGGAGGUUGGGGGACUAAGCUUGGCUGCUGCCUUUAGAGAUACUGAGGUGCAGCAGCUAUCUAUAAGGGGAGAGGAACAGCUAGAUCAUGAUUGUAAUGAAACAGUUGGCAAAUAUUGUGCCUCACUCAGCCUGCUGGAUGUCCUUCCUCUGGCUGCGGUUGAGAGCAGUGCUGAGGCUGCGGAGGACUCUCUUUCACAAACACCCACCGAGACGUCUGGAAAUGAGGAACUAGUCAACGAAGUGGCUAGCUUAAGUCAACAAGUGGAUUAUUUCAUCAAGUACUGUGAAAGAAAAGACGUUCUGCCUGCGGAUAUUGUAAAAGACAGAACAACAAUUUCAAGCAAUAUGGAUGACAAGUCACGAGACCCUUUGAAUUCAAAUGAACCAGAAUCUCUGUCAAGUCUCAACACAUCAGAGAGCAAACCAGUGGGCUUGUCCUGCCUCCCUAUAGCUGUAUCUAUGUGUGGAGCUCUCGUAAACCCAAAAAAGCAAGAUGAGGAGUAUGUCCAAACUUUAGGGGAGAACACUGAGGUAGGAGUAUCCAAUAGCAUGGAAGCAGAUGCCCUCUCAGCCUUGGAGGCCAGAGAGAAUAAUUCCCAGCCAGAGGAGUCCAAUAAUUUGGUUGCCUAUAUGUCUGUGCAGACUGCAGAGGGAAGGUUGUCACCAGAGGCACAAGAUCUCUCUCCUGGGUCUCCUGUCGACCCCUCUUUGAAUCCUGCCUCCUCCUGUCUCUCAGAUCCCAGCGCAAUUGAGUUUAACUUUGAAUAUAUGCCUGAUAGUAACCAGGCUGAGCUGCUGGUUACGGAUGAGGAGUUGGAUGCUUUCUUGCAGUCACAUACAAAGACAGAUCAGGUUAAAGACUUAUCUUACUGUAACCAGUCUGGAGUUUGGAGUGAACAAGAUUGCCUCGAAGAACUGAACAAGGGUCUGGAGGAAAGGCUUGCAGAGGAGGAGCUGAUGAGUUGUGUUCAAGGCGGGCAGGAAGGACUAGAACAGUUGGCAGAAAGUGACAGAGCAAUGUGUGUAUCUGUAGAGGAGAGUUACAGGCCUGCUCCUCCUUCACCCACACAGGACUCUGGUAGUUUCCUCCACUUAGAAUCAGAACUUUACUCCAAAGUAAGCCACUCUUUAAUCAGUGACCCUGUUCAGUCUAAAAAUAGUGGUAGCCCUGAUGAGCAAACGUAUGGAGGUGCCAGACCAAAACAACUACCCUGCCAACCCCCGUCUCCUCCAGCAGCACAGUCAGCAGAGGAGGUUCGAAUUGCCAGUCAGUCCUCAACAGAUGUGUGUGUGACGGCGAUUGAAGGGAAUUCCAAACCAGCUUCUUCAAAUCCCGGUUCCACUAAAGGAGAUUCUGAUAGAUGUGAGCCUGCUUCUUUAUGCCCACCGCAGGCUCCUCAUGGCAACAGUGCGGUGUACAAUGAGCUCUCAGAGCCCCCAUUUCAUCCUGUGGAGUCCUCCAGGAAUGGUCCUAAGUCUGUGGAUGAGAAAGGGGAGGAGGUUGGAGGGCUUGGCUGCCGGCAGCCUGCAUGGGUGCCAGACUCAGAAGCGCCCACCUGUAUGAAUUGCUGUCAGAGGUUCACCUUCACCAGGAGACGGCAUCACUGUCGAGCUUGUGGCAAGGUGUAUUGUGCGACGUGCUGCAAUAGGAAAUGUAAGCUGAAGUAUCUGGAGAAAGAAGCCCGUGUGUGCAUCAUUUGCUUUCAUGCCAUACACAAAGCUCAAGCCCUGGAGCGCAUGAUGAGUCCUACUGCCCCCAGUCCGAACCCCAACGUCCCAUCUGAGUACUGCAGCACCAUCCCCCCUCUGCAGCAGGCCCGUGCCGCCGGCACGCUUAAUUCUCCCCCACCUACUGUCAUGGUCCCUGUUUCUGUUCUCAAACACCCGACGAAUAACGGUUUUCCUCGCAAGCAGAAGCGUGUUUGGUUUGCUGAUGGCAUAUUGCCCAACGGAGAGGUAGCAGACACAACCAAACUAUCAGAGAGCAGUUGCCAGAGCCUGCAGGAGCUGAGGCUUGCCAUCCAAGACCCACCAACAUCUGAUGCAGCAGCUUCAGAGGUUGGAGAAGGAGGACUCUCACCCCCUGUGGCCUCUGGGGCUGUGGAUAUCGUCUGUCCCCCAGUGUCUGGACCAUGGGACUAUGCAUUGCUGUGUGGAAUCAGCUCUUCCGUGCAGAGACUCCCCAGUUUUCUGCCAGAAGAUGAGGGGGCGCUCCCACCACUGCUCAUCACCACUGCAGAGGAUGAAGCAGGAGAUAUAUUGGUUGAGCAGGGGCCUUCCCCCUGCCAGAUCCUGCAUCUUCUGGAGGAGGGAGGACCCCGUCCUUUGACCUUUGUACUCAAUCCCAACUUGCUAGUCAACGUCAAACUAAUUAUAUACUGCAGUCGGCAGUGCUGGUUUCUUGGCUCCAAUGGACUACAGGCGCUGGGCCAGAGAGAGAUUGUUUUUGUGUUAGAGUGCCUACCAGAGGAGAAAGCCCUGCCAAAAGACCUCUUCACGCUCUAUCUCAACAUCUACCAAGAUGCCCAAAAAGGGAAGUUUGUAGAGGACUUGGGAAAUGUGACCUUCUCAAGCAGUUUCCUGGGCAGUAAGGACCAUGGAGGGAUGCUGUUCUUCUCUCCCACCUGUCAGCCACUAGAUGGCCUGACGCUGCCCCCCAUGCCGUUCCUCUUUGGCUUGCUGAUCCAGAGACUGGAAGUGCCCUGGGCCAAAGUUUUCCCCCUCAGGCUGCUGCUACGACUGGGAGCCGAACAUGGCAUGUACCCCACAAUGCUGGUCAGCAUUCGUUUCCGGGACUCUGUCUACAGAGAGACAGGGCACACUAUUAUGAAUUUACUGGCCGACCUCAGAAACUACCAGUAUAGUCUGCCAGUUGUGGAGGGGCUGAAGAUCCACAUGGAGAUGGGUCACAGCUACAUCGAUAUACCCAAGAGUAGUUACGGUGAGAUGCUGAAGGUGGUCAAUUCAUCCAAUGAGCAUGUGAUCAGUGUUGGAGCAAGUUUCAGCCCUGAAGCUGACUCUCACCUGGUCUGUUUCCAGAGGCAGGAUGGCAACUACCAGACACAGGCCAACAGCAUGCCCGACAAGACCCGCACAGUGACUGGUGCGGGUUUUGUCGUCUUCAACGGAGCGCUGAAAGCCUCUUCGGGCUUUAUUGCGAAGUCGAGCAUCGUUGAAGAUGGUUUGAUGGUGCAGAUUCCUCCAGAGACCAUGGAGUCUCUCCGUGUCGCUCUGAGGGAGCAGACGGACUUCCACAUAGCCUGUGGCAAGAACGAUGGCAGGGAGCUCAGGGAAAAUGUCACUAUCCGUUGGGUCAGCUGGAGUGCAACUGACAGCAUGGGUAUAACGAGUGGGGUUGAUGGAAGACUACUCAAUGGAGUGCACCGUGUGAGGAUGCAGCAGGACAGAGAAUUUGAGUCAGAGGGCCACACAAUUAGAUGCACUGAGGUGUUCUACCAGCUGCAGAAUCCUGACUACUGCCUGACAGCAGCCAUGCCCUCCUGUUGUGUGUUCCAGAGGGAGGUGGCUUUGGCUACCUGCAGCGCCCUGACGCCUCAUCUGGAUGUGCUCGUCUCUAGUGGCAUUAACUGCCUCUCCCUGAGAGUCUCCACACAAGACGACGUGGUGGAGUACCAGGCGGGUUCAGGAAGCAGGCUCCUCCCACAGCAUUAUAUGAACGAGCUGGACAGUGCACUGAUACCUGUUAUCCACGGUCGUAGUGCUACUUUACCACAGACUGCCGUAUACAUGGAGCUCAUGUUCUAUAUCAUCUGUGCCAUCUGAUGCACAUCCAGACGUUCAAGCGCUUGAAACUAAAUAUUUAAGACAAACGAAUCUCUUGAUAACAGGAUGAUUGAGCACAUAAAGACAAUUAUAAAUACUGGUAGAAUAUGAGAACAGCAGCAAAUUGUGAGCAUACAGGAAGUGGCAGGGCAUUCUCAUGUCGUAUGUGUCCUUGUGGAUUCUGGAGGAAGGUGAACAGACACUGAUUUGUUUUCAAGUAAUCAUCAGAUGUUUGUUUUGUGAUCACCAAAGCUGCUCGGAUCCAAGAAACCAAACACUAAUGAGAACGUUGUAGAAUGACCGGACGCAACCAAACCAUUCUGACGGUUUCCUCGUUUCGCCUUCCAGGCCUCUAACGAACCUGUCGAUGAGAGGCAUCUUACUGAAUGUUCCUGAUGGAUUCUGUAUGAUUUCUUUGAUUUAGAUGUAUUUAUUCCUUUUUCAAAUGGUAAAUUGAAUAAAGAAAUUAAUUAAAUAUAAAUAUAGUUAUAGACAGCCAGGGUCAGUGCUUGAGAGUGCGAUGUUCUGAUUCCUAGUAUAAAGCUCGCUGUGCACAGCUGGCCAAGCUAGGUGCUGGUGCAGAGAAAGGAUGACUAGAAGCCUGGUACCUGUCCACUGGGAAUGAUGGUUUGAGUCUCUGGUCAACACCAAACUUGCUGCUGUGAUGAGCUGCAACUUAUCACAGCUGCUAUGGUGGAUGCUAAAGAUAUGGUAAAUCAAUCAUUCUCCAGAAGUUGUCGAAGUUUCUCUGGUAAAAAUCCUUAAUUUUAUUGGUAUAUUUGACAGGUGCGGCCAGUGACUAAUGCCUGGAACAAACCCUUCUUUGUCAGAGAAGUUCUUCUGAUGAGAGGCUUGCUUUCAUUUUUUUAUGUAGAUUUUAAAUUUGCUUAGCGGAAACUGCUUCCACUGCUGACCCUUACGUGCCAGCUGUAGCUCAAAUACUCAUGUUUGUUUUUAAGGACUCCAUCAUUUUGCUUUAAUGUUCAGUUUAAAAAAAUACUUUUGCACAGCUGAUAAAAUACAUACGUUGCACUUAAUAGCUGCCCUGGCAUUUGUAAUGGUGAUGUUCUGUCUCGGUGUCGAGGAUUUACUCAGUCUGGAUCGGCCAUUUCCCCGUAGGUUACCUAUUGGUCUUGAAUACCCUGUACACACAGCAGUACUUUUCUCAGGUGUUAAGAACAGAUAAAGUGGUGAACAAAGUCAUUAAAGUAUUCAAUUCACUGUGAAGGUUGAAUAUAAUCUAUCAACAACAAAAUAGGAAUAUAUUGAAGCGCUUCAUUGUGUCCUCUAUUAAUAUAUUUAAGUUGAUUGUAUAAAAUUUGUAAAAAGUACAUCCGCAAUUUUAAGUGGGUGGUAGAAUACUUCAGCAGCCAUGUGGGCUUCUCUCACCUGUUCAGCAGUUGGUCCGAGCAGGUGUGACGAUGAACUUCUUUUGACGAGCUUCUCAUCUACACAAGCGGUCCGCAGCUGGAUCAGAGCUGCCAAAUUCUUGGUAGUAAUACUCUGUAAAGAUUGUAAAAUUAAUUUUUUUAAUUCACGUGUUCUGUUAUGAAUUAUAAAUAUAUGCUGAAUCUAGCCAGUUACCAAAUGUACAUGUAGGACCUGCAGUCACACGAGGGUCUACUCUGUUAAGAAGCUACCUGCAAUUCCCAUGUGUCUAAAAUCAGUUGUGUUGUCUCUGCUAUAGGGCAAAGUGCAGUUUCUGAUCUCUGAUUUUAUGUUGUGUUGAUAUAAAACAACCUCUUCAGUCUGCUCUGUCCAUAUGUACUGAAGAGAUAUGCAUCCUGUAUCAAGCUUUUUUCACUAAUAAAGGAACUAUUUUUG